CGUCCGAUACGGUCGCAUCUGUUCCGCGGUACCGCGUUUUUUCCGCAGAUACCGUCUCGAUUGGGAUAAGCAAUGAAGGGAGAAAACAGGCGGUGUGUUCCAAGGAGAUCUGGAAAUUGAUUCUUCUCUUCUGGAACUUGCGAGCUGUAUGUAAAGGAUUAUCCUUCUCGCUAUUCGUUGUGAAACAGGAACGGAUUAUCAUUCUGUUUACUGCAGUCACGGUGUGCUUGAGGACAGAAAAUUGCCAACUCCAGUCUCCAUAGAUUCCUCGGAUACAGGAUGCUGGUGCUGCCGCUGCUCUUGUUCGGGUCGAGAUGAAAUUGUAACGAUAAUGCGAAAAUAUCGAUUCGUAAUGGUGUCACUCGGUUGGUUCGUGUUGUUUUCGUGCUGCUGAAUGGGCACCAUGUCGUGGCGAUGCUCUCCGACCUGUCAGACGGAGGAUAAAGUGCUGCUGAAGUUGCAUAACUUAUCCUACGGUACCCGGUGGUUGACUGUGUGUGUGUGUGCGUGGGUGUAUUCGGGAAAAUCCGAUAGUUCUUGAAAAAAGCGUGAAUCUAAACAGGAUUAACUAUUGAUUGUGGGGAUUCAGAUGAAAAAUGAGAGGCGAGACACACGACGUGGAUGCGGGAGUUUGAGGAGUGUAAAAUGUGAAGCGAAGUGCGUUUUGUUCGUCGCUAUGUAAACAGUGUGAGAAAAGUUUCAAAUUCGAGUCAAUUUACAAAGUGCUACUGGUAAUUGAUUGCAGAGGAAGAUAUCAAUUAGAGCAAGAGCUGGAAAGAGCUCCGAAAUUAAGUUAAAGCGGAGUUUGAACGCCGGGUCAAGGUUUCUUCUCUCAGAUUGACAGUUGCGUGGAGUGUCGUGCACAUUGGAGUGUUUUGGUUUCGUGAGUGAAUGAUUGAUUAAUCGGGGAACUCUCCUCCGUCAGCCGAUCAGCUGCCGAAUAUACGAAAGAUGGAUUAACCCAAGAAAAUGGGUGAGAGUGAGCGUGAUGGAGAGAGGGAAAUUCACAAGUGAGCACGUGCUUAGCAGUGAUAACAUGGAAAGUAGGAAGCAUUGAAAAGUUCGUACAUUGUCCCAUACAUUCGGAAGGGAAUGCUUAAUGACGAUUCGAUAAUUCAUCAAUCGUAAGAUAUUGAAAAGAAAGGAAGAAAACUUGUGGAAAAGUUGAAUUUCAAAAUAAUAUUGCAGUGAAUAUCCAGUUCGUUGCUGUGUGAGUGAGUCCUAGGAGGACGAGAAGAAAGAAAAAGGGCGAUUGUAAAUUUGAAUUUCUAGCAGCUGUUGUUGUCAAGUGUGGAACGUGUGGAUCCGGCAAAACCCGGCACUUGCUGAUUUUGUAUGCGAGUCCAUGUCAGACAUGGACUUGACUUAUGGAGCAAUUAGCACAAUCAUCGUGUAACUGUUGUACUUUUACAGCAUCCAAUCCAGAAGCGGUAAAUGGACUACACGAUUGAGCACCUUGGCGGCGGAUCCACAAACUGUGUAAGUGUCAUCUUUAACCAGCGGAGUGUAGCAAUCGCGAAGAGACACGCCACUCGCUACAGAGUGCACUAGUGAUCUGUUACGAUGUCUCACGUCCGCAUCGCAACGAGUAGAGCAACGAACAACACGUCGACAUGAUGCUUCGAUGGCCUAAUCUGGGGCUCAAACAGCCCAACUGUGAACACAUACGGCGCUGCUGGCUGCUUCUGGGUUUGCUGUUGCUCCAACGCGUGAGCAGCGGCCGGAUGGAAGAAUUGCUUCGGCUUCGGGGUGGCGGUGGAGGAGGAGGAGGAGGCGGAGGGAAAAGUGGUGGCCAACAUCACCAUCAGCAUCAGCAUCUGCAGCAGCUGGAAGAACACGAGCCCUUCUCGUCGUCCUCGAACGAGAUCGAGUGCCCGAGCUUUGCGGAGAAUUCGGCUUGCCCUUGCUACAAGUUUGAGGAUGGUCUGUUCCUCGAGUGUCCCAGCAUAACGGCGGUGGCCCUGCGUUCAACGCUGCAGCUCAUCUCGUCCCCGAUUCAGUCGCUGUCGGUGUACGAAUUCGACCGCUCGGUCAAAUCGCUCACCGCGGACCUGUUCGGGCAGUCCGGCUCUGGCUCCGGCGCCACCAGCAACGAUGUCAACAUCCGACAUCUUCAGUUCUCCCAUUCCAACCUCCAGCAGCUGAAGGAAAAUAGUUUGAAUAAUUUACGAGCCCAUUUAGAGAGUUUAAGUGUUGUAAAUGGAAAAUUGACACAAGUGCCCACGAAAGCCAUGGCCGGUAUGAAGAAGCUGAUGGUGCUAGACUUUGAGCUGAACGAAAUCUCCAGCAUCGAGGAGUACGCCUUUUACGGACUGCAUCUGGUGAAGUUGAACCUCAAGGGCAACCGGUUGGAGCGGAUUCCGGAGAGUGCCCUUGCCGGGCUGGAAGAUUCGCUGGCUGAAAUUGAUUUUUCCGAGAAUCGGUUGAAGCAGUUUCCAACAUCCGCUCUGAAGCGGCUGGAGAAUCUCCGCUCGGUUCGACUGUCGAUGAAUGAGAUAAAUUCACUGGAGCAGGAUGAUAGUUACGUGCGGUUCGGAUCGCUGGGGUUUUUGGAUUUGAGUUUGAACAAUUUCAUGGAACUGUAUAGCGAUGUGUUUAAUCCGUUUCCGUACGUGAAGACGCUGUCUUUGUAUAAUAACUUUAUCGAGCUGGUGCACAGAGAUAGUUUCAUAUCGCUGAAGGAACUGCAAUCGCUGGACUUGAGCCAUAACAAAAUAGUGUUUGUAGACGCGGAGGUGUUUGCGGCGAAUCGGAAGCUGCACACCGUGGAUCUUAGCCACAACCAUAUACACUAUGUGAGUGGAGUGUUCUCCGAUUUGCCCCUGCUGAGGGAGAUUUUCCUGAGUGAGAAUAAUAUUUUAGAAUUGACGGAGGAUUGCUUCAGCAACUCGAGUAGCAUUAAGGUGAUUUAUCUGGAGAAUAAUUCGAUCCAGCGGUUGGCAGGGGACACGCUCGGGACGUUAAUCAAUCUGGAACAGCUCUAUUUGAGUGGGAAUCACAUUCAGCGCGUCCCGAGGGGAUUCUUCGAGGCAACAUCGAAGCUGCACUCGCUUAGUCUAGAUAAUAAUUUUAUAAGCGAGCUUGAUGUGAGAUUAUUUCGGCGUUUGCAGAGUCUGAGGGAGGUGCGGCUGAACGGUAAUCAGAUUAGGCUGAUCAAAGAGCAGCUGUUCGCUGGGAUGGAAAACUUGAUGGAGCUCCACUUGCAGAAUAACGCGAUCCGGGUGAUUGAAAGGAACGCAUUCAAGCAUUGCCAGCAGCUUCAGUACAUCAAUUUGCAGGAGAACGCGUUGGACGAGAUUGACACAAUUUUCUCCUAUUCCGUCGAAGGGGGGGCGACCAAUCAUCUGCAGCAGCCACUGACAGCGCGGGGAAGGUUAAUCACAACGAAAAGCGGGCAUAGUGAUCAAUCAGCGUUUGGUGAUUUGGAUGCGGGGUCCGAAUCCUCAUCGAACUCAGCAUCCUCUUCGCUGCUAUCAAUUCAAUUAAACUCCAAUGCCAUCAAGUAUCUUCACGAGCAUUCUUUCCAGGGUCAGAGCAACGUGCAGAUUAUCUGGUUGGAGAAUAAUUCACUGAAGAGCCUCGACAAGAUGCUCUUCGUUGAUUGUGUACACUUGGAGCGUCUCUAUCUGAAAAAUAAUUCAUUGGCCAGUGUCGAGUUGGGGGCUUUCGAUUCGCUUCGAAAGCUGAAGUAUCUCGACGUGAGUGCUAAUCGUUUAUCGAGCUUGAGCGAGAAACUAUUCGAGAGCUUAGCGGAACUGGAAGAGCUUUACUUGAGUGACAAUCAGCUCGAGAAACUGGGGCCCAACGACUUUGGUUCACUGCACAAGCUGCGAGUGCUGGACUUGAGCUUCAAUGAAUUGAUCGUUUUGCAAACGCACGUUUUCCAGCCCAAUUUUUCCGUCAGCGUAAUCAAUCUCAAAGGUUGUGGACUAACCCGCAUUGAAUCGGGUGCUUUCAGGGGAUUGCAGAAUCUGAACGAGCUCAAUUUGGACGAGAAUCAUGUGCAAUCGGACGAUAUCAGACAAAUAGACGCCAGCUCUUUGAGAGUGCUUCGUUUGGCAUCGAAUAACUUUACUGUGAUUAAAGAAAAUACGUUAGAUCGGCUGCCAUCGCUGCAAAUUCUGGUGCUUGAGCAAUGUUCGAUACGAGAUAUUCCCGCAACUCUUUUCAACAAGAACAACAAUCUCGUCAAACUUGAUUUGAGCAGUAAUUUUCUCCGAACACUGAAGCGAUACACAUUCAAUAAUCUGAACGUGUUCAAAGAACUCCGACUUACCAGCAAUCAGAUAAACGAUUUCCCGCACAUAGCCCUGUCAAAUGUGUCCACCCUGGAGACGCUGUCUCUCGCCAAGAAUCAGCUCACCAGUAUGGACUUUUUCAAACUCAACGGGCUACCGAAUCUCCGCCAUCUAGACCUCCGGGACAACACAAUCUCCUCGCUGUCCGGAUUCAACACCGUAACUCUGCCACAUCUGGACACGAUCGAUUUGAGCGGAAAUCUCCUGCUGGCACUGCCGGAGAACUUUUUCAAGCAUUCCAUCAGUUUGCAACGGAUCGACCUUUCCGCCAAUCGGUUCCAUCAAAUUCCGAACGCCGCCCUCUCGGAAGCUUCUCUCGCGCGACUCGCGUGGCUCAAUCUCACCGGGAACCCCCUGCAGCGCAUCCAUCACAGCAUGUCUUCCGACUCGGACCAGCGCCGUUAUCCCCACCUCAAGGAGCUUCACAUUAGUCAAACCAAUUUGACCAUCCUGACCAGUAAGGACUUCGAAAUCUAUCCCGCGCUGCAGCGUCUCUAUCUGGUCCAGAAUCGCAUCAAUCGGAUAUCCCCGGGUGCUUUCGUGGCCCUUUCCAAUCUUCAGAUUCUGGACAUCAGUGUGAACGAAAUUGAAAUCAUGCCCAAGGAGCGAUUGCAGGGUCUACGGCUGUUGGAGAUCCUGAACGUCUCGUCGAACAACAUCAAGGAGCUGGACGAGUUUACCGACGAUCUGCAAAAGCUGCGAAUCCUUGACGUUAGCUCGAAUCACCUGGAGCGGGUGCAGAAGAAUACUCUGAGGCACCUGGGGGCUCUCCAGGAGCUGUUUUUGUACGGCAAUCGGAUCUUGAGUGUUUCGUCGGAUGCGUUCCGAUCGCUCAGGAAUUUGAAGACGCUGGAUCUGCGCAAGAACUACUUCGAGUAUGUGCCGCUGAGGGCGCUCAAGCCACUGGAGACGCAUCUGAAGGAACUUCGGGUGGAAGAUAAUCCGCUGAUUUGCUCGUGUGAUACCCAGGAACUGUGGGAGUGGCUGGGAGAUCACCGGAAGUGGACCGCCAGCUAUGACAACGUGCGGUGUGAGCAGCCGGCCGAGGUGCACGGCAAGAAUCUGCUGACGAUGGAGCCACAGGAGUUCUGUGACAUUCCGAUGAUUCUGAAGAUUGCCAUCCAGGAUAUUCAGCCCUACUCGGUGCUGGUGUCGUGGCAGGCCCGGGAGCACUCCGGACUGCACGGGUACCAUGUGAUUUUCCACUCGCUGGACACCGUGGAGGAUAUACGAGGUAAAACUCUUAAUCGGUUGGCCAACUCUGCCAAGCUUGAUCGUCUCUCCUCGAAUACGCGCUACUUGAUCUGCGUACUUGGGCUGAGUAAUUGGCUUUCGUAUCACAACGACAUUCACAGUUUGUUGAAUCAAUCGAAUCAGAUCCAAAAUCAGAUACUCAAUAGUCACAACGGCUACGGAGCCGAGGAGUUGGAUACCUCCUUCUCGAACACAUUGCUGUCUUUGAUGAUGGAUACUCCGACGUCGCGAUGCACCGAAGUGCGGACUCUGGAUGCUAUCGGACCGAAUCCACUGGCCGAGGUGGAUGGGAUGUCGAGUCAGAGCAUAAUCCAUUCGAUACUAACGAGACGGCUGGGGUUGAUUGUGGGCUGCUGCCUGGGGAUAAUCGUAUUCAUUGUGCUCGUUUCGGUGCUGGGAUAUCUCAAAAUUAAGAAGCAACGAAUGGAAGCCGCGAAAAGACAACAGCAGCCGAUGGCGCCAGAGUUCAUCUCGUAUCGACAUUUCUCCAUUCCCAACGACGAACACGGGAGGGACGGAGUUGCCGCGGGGGGGACAAAUACUUUUCUACAAAAUAAUCUCCACCACCACCAGCAGCAGCAUCAUCACCCCACCAGCAUUCAACAACAUCAGCAGCAGCAGCACACAGUGCUUGAUGGGCAUCCGAGCUUCAUAUCCGGGACUGUGCUUGGGACUACGACCACGCUAAAUGGGGGCGGUGGAGUCGCUGGAGGCGACGAGCGAAAGAAGAUAUUCAUCGAAAGUUCAAAAAGCUAAAGGACCACACCAUUCCACCCUAACGAAUCACUGACAUACACCGGGCUUCGUCAAUUAGGUUGUUGACAUUUGCGUUGUGCUUUUAUUUUUUUGUUCCUUCUUUUAACAUCGUUCGAACGCCAUGUUUUUCGAUGGCACUUUCUAGUCAUGAAGCAGGGGAACAGCGUAAAAUGAGCGAAUCAAAACAACGAGCAACAUUUUCAAACCCAAAUCAAAGUAGGCGAACCGUGCGAAUCUGUGCGCAAAAGAGGCAACAAAUGUGUUAAUAAGCUCCCUGACAGCAUAAAUCGAAGAAGGGUCGAAGUGUGUGGUGGCGGGGGGAUGAGUCGCUUCCGGGAUAUGUAAAUAUACUUUGAACUUUGAGAAGCGAGAGUUGUGUUUUUGACACACCGUAAGACUUUUUCGCUGGAAUAACGUUAUGUAUCGGGGGGUUGGAUGUGGUGAUGAGGGAAAAGCGAGUGCCAGUGGAUGUUUUGUUUUAAAAUGCCCUCAUAUUGUAAAUAAAGUGAAUUGUGCGAAGAGACGCGAAGUUUGUGUGAGUGAACUUUGCCUUGCCGCGGAGGCAAGGACCUGAGUGAGGCUGAGUAAUUUUAAUGAAAAAAUGAUUCAAAAACAAGGAUAUAAAACGGAUGGAAUAAUAAUCACCUAACCACACCCACAAGUACACACAUAGACACAACUAGUGGUAGGUAAACAAAUUUUAAUUCAUGGAUAAAUUCGCGGUUUGAAAGCAAUUGUUUAUAAGCUCGAGCGAUGAGUGAGAAAGUUAGUCGAAUCAAGGAUGCCAUGGUCCGAGUUCUUUUCAAUCAAACUGUCGUUGCAAAUAUGAAGAGUGAUCUUUUCCUUUGCUUCCCAUCCGUGGAUUAAUAUCAAUGAGUGCUAGAAGCAGAAUCAAGAUAAGCUACACAAUAAUUGGAAGAAAGCUGCUGCCAUGAGAUUGAAGCGAGAAGGAGAAAUGAUGUUAUUACACACGACGAACACUGCUUCUUGCAAUUUGCAAAGAUGAAGCACGGAGGAAAAGUGAAAGCAAGUAUUCUACUGGAUUGAUUUAAACUUCAUUGUUGAUUGGUUCUUAGGAGAAUCGUGCAGAAUGUAGUUUCGAAUAAGUAUCGUGGAUGAAUGCGGACUGAGUGAGUGGAUGAAAAUCGAUUCUUAUGAAAUUUGCUACAAUCAAUACGUUGAGCGUUGAUGAAACAUUAGUUAAAUAUUUCAAUUGACAGGAGUGAAUCCCAGUGAGAGAGGUGUUAGGAGUGAAUCUGUAGAUAUUUGUUAAAAGUUGUUUUUAUUACUCGCUAAGUUAAUUAUUGGAACUUCAUCGGAUGAAGUAUAAAAUUGCUCUUUCGAAGAGAACCACCCCGCUAAAAAAAAACAGUUACUCCACCACCACACGAAACCUACGCAAAACAAUUGCAGCGAAUAGUAGAGAACGCAAAAUCAAACUGGAAGACAUAUGAGAGAAGUUAAAGAAGAAAAAAACACGAUACACUAGUAGGCGAAUUAUAAACAAAAUCAAAUUUUAUAAAUCAAAAAAGUAUAUUAAAUUUUAGAAAUUUUGAUGAACAAUACCAGAUGCACACUGCAAGCAUCCCGAGAGGAGUGAAACUGUGAACAAUUACUGCAAACAUAAGAAAAAUGUUACGUACCAAGUGGAAGGGAAACGACACAACUUGAAAAAUGAAUAAAUAAUA